AUGGCUAUUAAUUCACAAACGAAUGCUACACAGAUAUCGACACAAAUAUCACAAAAUAUACCAGUGUGUCUUGCGCGUCUUUAUCCAAAAUUGAAGAAACGAAAUACAACGGUACCAUUGUUCAAAAUUGGUGACAUUGUUGCGGAACGAUGGAUUAUAAGCGGGCUAAUAGGCCGUGGUGGAUAUGGUCAAAUUUUUUUUGCUGUUGAUAGCCGAGGCGAAGAGGUGAAAGGAGUAGCCAUAAAAACAGAACUAAAAAUGCGAAAAGGCAGAGUAGCUAAACGAAUGAUUUUGGAACAAAAAGGAAUAGCGGGAUUACGAGAUAUACAUUCGAUCGGUUAUAUUCAUCGAGAUAUCAAGCCACAUAAUUUGUGCUUCGGACUCUCUGAAGUUAGUAAACAUCGCUUAGUAAUAAUUGAUUAUGGAUUGGCGCGACGCUUCCGUUAUCCAAAUGGUCGAGUACGACCGCUGCGACGAGAAUGCGGAUUUCGCGGUACCACACUCUACGCAUCCCUAAGGGCACAUGGAGGAAAGGAUCUUGGACCGUCAGAUGACCUGGUAAGUUUGUUUUAUGUAGCAAUUGAAAUGGUUCUUGGUCGUGUACCUUGGAAACAAGCAAGAAGAAGCGAAGAAGUGAAGGCAUUGAAAGAAGCUAUUCAAGGAGAGGAUUUUCAAAGUGUAACGGAAAAAGUUGGUGAAAGUUUGCGCGAAUUUGGACGUGCCGUACAUUCGAUGGAUGCAUAUGACGAGCCAAACUAUGUGGCUCUCCAGAAUAUAAUGCUGGAUUUUACGAACCAUCGACAACUGAGCGAUCCAUACGAUUGGGAUAACGAUUUUGAAGAGGUACUCCGUGAAAAUGACAUCAAUCAAAUGAUCUCCAAAAAUCAAUGAAACAUGCAGCAGAGAUAACGUUCCAGCUUACGAUUCACUAAAUGAUGAGACGGGACAGGAUGGUGAUCGUUAACAACGUCUUUGCUAUUUCAUUUUGUAUACUUUUUAGAGCUGUAAGAGAAACAAG